AUGGAUCUCUCACCGGAGAUGUCACUAGAGGCCAUUUUCGAAACGAUUGACACGAAGAAACCAUGGGCACUUACAUUCUCGUAUGGUCGAGCUCUACAGGCAUCAGCCAUGUCAAAAUGGGGCGGAAAGGACGAGAACGUCAAGGCAGCUCAG